AUGUUACUGAUUGAAUUGACUAAUCAGAAAAUUAUCCAGAUAGGUACACAAAUGAACAUUGGCUUGUUCUUUAUUUUUUUAAAUUGUACCAAAUCUGCAUAAAAAAGAUUGAAUUUAAACUUGAAUUUGAAUUUCUUCUGGAAUUAAUCUUGCUGUUAUUAAUGUUUACAUGAUAUAAACUCUUAUUAAACGUUUAUUUUGUAAAUUGACAAUAAAGCAAUAAAUUUAUAAUUGCAAGGAAAUUGCAUCUCAAUGUAUUGGCCUAAAAUACAAGUUUAAGUUUGUCAACUUUUGCGUAGCUGAAUUUAAAUUUGUGCUCUUACAUAUUCCAGAUCAGUGCUGACCACUUUGUCAAAUUAUCUGUAAUAUAUUAUAUUGCGUAUAGGAUAUCAAAUAAGAAUCGUGAAUGAAAUAGAAAUGAUUCUUAAAUAUUAUAUGCAAAUAUAUUUAGUAGAUUUUCAUUAAUAUAAUGAAAUUCCUAAAAUCUUAACUUAAAUAACUUUGUUUUAUAAUAUACGAGGAAGAUGUGAUUAGUGGGACGAAAAAUAAAACGGAUAUUUAGUUUGUACGUCAACUUAUUUGGUAUCCAACACAUCUCGUAGAACGCAGUCUAUCUAUAAAUUGACGUCUAAAGAAAUGAUGCGGCUAAUUGUAAGUGUUCUGUAAGCAACGCUCGUCGCCUCUUUAUGUGUGAGUUAGCGAACACCAAAUAAGCUCACACACACAAUUGUUAAUACAAUUUGUAUUCGUCGUGUAUCUUUUCUGCAACGCAAGAUAAAUCGCUAGAAUAUUCGUGCAAAUUGCAGCAUAUGGCUUGAUCAUUUUUAUACCAAGCAUUCCAUCGUAGUUUAAAUUAACACAGAGUAUUUCUUACCACGCAAGAGAUUCGUUGUUGGUUCUUAGAAUAUACAUUAGUUAUCCUAUUACUCGCAUAACAUAUCGAUUUCGUUUUUAUACAUAUCAAUGAAAUAUUAAAACAUCCAGUAAGCAAUGUGACUUUUAUCAAUAUAUAAUAUUUUAACAAUUUAUCUUAUAAUUUGUUAUUUCUUUAUUUUUCCUUCGUAGAACUCGUAGAUUUUAUUGCAUUACACGCGUGUCACGAGGGAAACCGCAUUACUUACUGGCUGGAUCUGAAUACACGAAACGAGUUUCAAAUGUAAGAAAAAUAUCAUCGUUUAGAAAGAUAAAAUGUUGUAUCGUGUUUAGACCGUUCACGUCUAAAAUUGACGCGUCAAUUUACCCCUCUUCGACACGCGUCAAUUUUAAAAUAUAUCACUUCCCCCUUUUUGCAAAGUACACGCAGCUGCACUUUAAGAUCCUAUACAUAGCAACGUUUACUUAGGGGACGCACCUUUUUUGAAUCUGGCGCGACAAGAUACCUUCGAUCGGUCUCGACCGUUAUUGGACAAGAGAUACAUGUUCACUCUUAUAAAGCAGCACUCACAUCUCCAAUCUCCACCACGGAUAUCCAAACAACCCCCUACAGAUGAGCAGUUAUUUCAAGUGGCUCAGGCAAAGAUUAAUGAGAAUGACAAACCAUUUUUAAUUGAAUGCGAAGCGGAAGGAGAACCGGCUCCGAGGUAUCGAUGGAUCAAAAAUGGAAAAAACUUUGAGUGGCCGGCAUAUGAUGACCGUAUAUCCCAACAACCUGGUAGAGGUACACUGGUGAUCUCUAGACCACGAGAUGAGGAUCUGGGCCAGUAUCAGUGCUUCGCAGAGAACGAGUGGGGAAUUGCAACGUCCAAUUCAGUCUUUGUCAGGAAAGCUGAACUGAACUCGUUCAAAGAUCAAAAUCCUAUAAGUCUGGAUGCAAACGAAGGGCAACCGUUUAAACUGACUUGCCAGCCACCAGACGGUUGGCCAAAACCAAAUGUAUAUUGGUUAAUUCAAGAUACCGCCGGAGGUAUCAAAUCGAUCAACAAUUCGCGAAUGACUUUAGAUCCCGAAGGGAAUCUUUGGUUCAGCAACGUUACGAGAAACGAUGCUUCUGACGAUUUUUAUUACGCGUGUGCAGCCACAUCUGUAUUCAGAAAUGAAUAUAAAUUAGGUAAUAGAGUUUUAUUGAAUGUUAUCUCUUCAGGGAUAUCUGCUAGUCAAAAUAAGUACAAACCUGUUAAACAGUAUGUCAGUAGAAAAAAUGAAGUUGCCUUACGCGGUAAGAAGAUUGAAUUAUAUUGCAUAUACGGCGGGACACCACUGCCACAAAUAGUGUGGAGUAAGAAUGGUGAAGUAAUUAGAACUAACGAUAGAAUAAUGCAAGGGAAUUACGGCAAGUCAUUGAUAAUUAAACAUGUCAAUUUUAAAGACGAAGGAACAUACACUUGCGAGGCUUCGAACGGAGUGGGCGACGCGAAAUCAUAUUCCAUUCACUUGCAAGUGAUGGCGGUGCCAUUCUUUACUAUCGAGCCAGAAAUUAUAAACGCGGCGGAAGACGAGACUGUUGAAUUCAAAUGCGCAGCCGAUGGAGUGCCUGUCCCUGAGAUAAAAUGGAUUCACAAUGGCAAACCAAUAUCGGAGGCUCCGCCAAAUCCACGCAGAAAAGUUACAUCAAACUCCAUCAUUAUCGAGAAAUUGACUAAGAAGGAUACAGGAAAUUAUGGCUGCAACGCGACAAACUCGUUGGGUUAUGUGUACAAGGACGUGUACGUAAAUGUUUUAGCUCUAGAGCCUGAAAUUACUCAGCCCCCUGCUGAUAUCGCUACCGUCGAUGGUAAAACCGUGAGAAUUACUUGCCGUGUAUUUGGAGCGCCGAAACCAGCCGUAAAGUGGGUUCGAAACGGGCAAGAACUAACCGGAGGACGAUACAAGAUUUUAGAUUCCGGCGACUUGGAAGUUGACAACGUAAUAUUUUUAGAUGCUGGCACCUAUACGUGCCACGCGUCCAAUAAAUUUGGAGAAGUAGAAGCCUCUGGUAAUCUAGCAGUAAAAGAACAUACUCGAAUCACAGAUGAACCGGAAGACUACGAAGUUGCUGCAGGCUCCACUGCAACCUUUAGAUGCAACGCCGUUACAGAUUCCAGUUUAACACUUACGAUCGACUGGCUGUGCAAUGGCGAGCCCAUCGAUUUCGAGAUGGAACCACGAUUCAUCCGAAGCACUGAUUACUCUUUAAUGAUUACAAAAACGACUGAACUAGAUACUGGUACUUAUACUUGCGUCGCUCAUACCGAGUUGGACGAGGCGAAAGCACAAGCAACACUGGUUGUACAAGAUGUACCAAACCCGCCAAAAUUAGUUAGUGUUAUCUGUAUGGCCAGUGAAGCUACCAUACACUGGACUCCAAUGGGUGACAACAGAGCACCGAUUUUGAGAUAUACUAUUCAACACAACACCACUUUCACACCGGAUACGUGGGAAAUAUCGAAGGAUCCUGUUCCAGCAACUGAACAGACAUACGUUGUUCCAAUGUCGCCUUGGGCAAACUAUACAUUCCGUGUGUUAGCGUGGAAUAAAAUAGGCCCGUCGUUACCUUCGCCACACAGCGACGUAUGCACCACGUUGCAAGACGUCCCUUACAAGAAUCCUGAUAACGUUAUGGGCAAGGGAACAACACCGCAGAAUCUGGUUAUAUCUUGGACAGUGAUGCCACAGAUUGAACACAAUGCGCCCAAAUUCAUGUACAGAGUAUAUUAUAGACGUGAUAUACCAGGAGAGAAGUGGACUAUAGAAGACAUAAAUGAUUGGAGGAAAAACAGUUUGGUUGUGGACAAUCAACCAACUUAUCAAAAAUAUAAAGUUAAAGUGGUAGCUAUUAACGAAAGAGGUGAAUGUAGAAUUGCACCUGAAGAAGUGACAGGAUACUCUGGGGAAGAUGUACCAUUGCAAGCUCCAAGCAAUUUUACGUUAAAUCAAGUGAAGUCCAGUACAAGCGCACAAUUCUCGUGGAAUCCGGUUCCCGAGGAAUCGGUACGUGGUGAAUUACAAGGGUACAAGAUCCAAACGUGGACAGAAAAAGACGGUGAAAAGGGAAUGCGAGAAAUUGAUAUAAGAGGUGGUAAUAGGACUCACGCAUUGGUUACCAAGUUUGUUCCCUUCAGCAAGAACUAUGUUCAAAUAUUAGCAUACAACGGACGAUAUGCUGGACCACCUUCUGAAACUUUAAGCUUCGAUACACCAGAAGGUGUUCCAGGAACAGUCCUCAAUCUUGAGGCGUUCCCAAUGGGUUCUAGCGCUUUGUUUUUAGUGUGGACAAAACCUGCAGAGCCAAACGGUAUCCUGACUGGCUACAGAAUAUAUUACGAACCCGUAAACGGAACCAGGCUGGGACUCUUGUUGGAGAGAAAACCACAUAUUACAGAUCCAGAAGCCACCAGUGCAAAACUAGCUGCUCUGGCGCCUGACACGAAGUAUCGUGUACACAUCCGGGCAACAACAAAAGUUGGUGAAGGAAACGACUAUUUUAUCGAACAAAAAACACGCCCAUCUCAACGCCCUGAUGUGCCACAAUUCACGUGGGAAGCCAUUCCAAAAGAAAACGGUUACUCGAAUGUGAGAAUAAUCUGGCAGCUGAAUCUCAAUGGGAAUCCGGGAAGUCAUUUUUUCGUAAAGUACAAACUCAAAGGUGAAACGAUAUCAGCCCAGACUGAGCCGGAGUUUCAGUCGAAUACGAUUGAAAUUCGCGGAUUACAAAGUGGUGAAGUAUACGUGAUGUCUGUUGUUGCUGUUGACGGCAACUACUUCACGGAAAGCGAAUCUCAAGAAAUAGAAACUAGCAGCGAGGGACCUAUCAUUCAGCCUAAAGAGAAUGUCGCGACUGCUGGAUGGUUCAUAGGAAUGAUGUUAGCAAUUGCCUUUCUUCUUUUGGUACUUAUAAUUGUAUGCGUGAUUAAACGUAACAGAGGUGGGAAAUACGCGGUGCAUGAAAGAGAAUUAGCUGCUGGACGUGGUGAUUAUCCAGAUGAAGGUGGCUUUCAUGAGUAUUCGCAACCUUUAGACACCAAAUCAGCAGGUGGUCGCGCUUCUCUUGCAUCUUCUUCCCAUCAAGAUGGAAAGCAUCCUGAAUCUGAUACUGAUUCUAUGGCAGAAUAUGGAGAGGGAGAUACAGGACGUUUCACGGAGGACGGUUCUUUCAUUGGACAGUACGGGCCCAAAGGUAGACCGGAAGAAACACCGCCCAUUCCGAGCGGCACUAUGGCCACAUACGUGUAACCUUUGGCAUUAUCUUAUUCAAGCCGCAUAAACAUUGUUUUUCUGUCAGAAGUAAGGUUCCCAAUCCUUACAAGCUGCAGCAGCUCUGCUAUACAUCUUGCGCUGGGCGCAACGUCCAACACUAUACUGCCAAUUAGACUUUUGAUUUUGGGUUUUAUAGUUCACAUAGGGAAAGAUAAGUAUAAAUGUUUCUAUGUCGAGCCGAGUAAAGGCUGUAUAAGUCAUGCACAACGUUUGUACAUGCGUGUCGUUUAAAAAGUAAUUCCUCAUGAAUAUUUAACACAUGUCCAGAUAUGUGUUAUUCGAAUGUUUUGACAAUUUUUUAGUAUUUUUGAGAAAAAAAUUGAUCUGCGACGAUUAUUUGAUCUACGUGAUUGCGUGUGUUACAAAGUACGAUUUGUUAGUCGAUCGAGAAUUAUUUACAAUUAAUGAAUUUGUUGAAGAUCUUUGACUAAUUAUAGAACCCAAAGACGAUAGAAGUGUCUCAUAGCGUGCAAGUUAUUUAUGGACAUAAUAUAGUAGAAAGUAUUGUAACGUCGACCGUAACAUUUGAUACGGCCAGAUUGAGAAUUGACACUUCAAAUCAUCACAGGGUAUACGAGUUAUGUUUAUAUUAUUCUAAGUAUGUGUAUUGCAAAAAGGGAAGUGUAAAGCACUUUUAAGGCUGCAUAUAGAGUUUUCAUGUCUUUCAAACGAAGAUAAUCAAUAAUUCGUACUACCCGAAAAUUAGUUAAUACAUGACACAGGCUGAUAUUACUCAUAUGCAAUCUUGAAAACGAAGGGAUUGAUAAGUAUAGUGUCGCAAUCUGGUCUGCACUGAAACUAAUUUCAAUUAGUUAAAAGAAGAAAAAAAUGAGGAAAGAAUUGUUCUGAGGACCUUUAGAUGCAAUCAAUUUUUACUCUGCCGACAGAGGGCCAAAUAUAACGAAUCAGUGACUAUCUACAAUUAUUGUGCACUUUCAUUAAUAAUACACGAGCAACAAGAGUAUAUGAAAGAUAUUAUUAUUAUCAUUACUACUACUUCUACUACUAUUACUAUUAUUAAUUAUUAUUAUUAUU